GCAGUGCGGAUGGCUUCAUGACUAUCCAGACAUCGGUGCCGAGCAGUCUCGCGACUGAUGGCCCGUUGACGAACCCUCUGCGCACGACUGAAACGAUCCCUCAACUUACCUUCUGCGACGGCGUCUACACAAACACACCUUGUGCAUCGGCAACUGGACAAAUGUCCAUCCCGCAGGGAGAGACACCUGAGCCGACAAGCAUGAUCUCUACAAGUGUCCCGUCUGAGGAGAGCUCUUCCUCUGCAUCUCAAGGCUCCUCCAGGACCGGAAGCGUAAGCCGGCCCGCCGCUACAAGCUCUGCAUCUGGCUCCGUCCCUGAAUCGACGCCGUCUGAGACGCCCGGCGCUGCUGCAUCGGUUUUCAAGCGCGACGGAAACUUUGUCUGGGUGGCUGCACUCUCAGGUCUCUCUGCGACCCUGGGAUUUGCCUUGACCCUGCUUUGAAGUGCCAAAAUUCUCACAAUCAUUUCGCAUCAUCGACGGCGUUGGAAACGGUAUGGAGUUCGGUCAUAUGCUCGAAACAUGACAAAAUUGAUACUUGCAUAAUGUAUAUAACAAACAAAAACAGUAUGUUUACAGUGCACCACGACGAUGCACAAGGGCAAUCUCCCGCGCGCCCCACGGCUCCGUAAAUUUCCCGGUAGCCUAACGGCUGUACCCCAACGGCCCUGCAUGUGCGACGGCUGGGUCCUUUUGAAGGCGUUCCUGUUUGCGAUCGCGUUGACCAAGUUUGAUUUUGUCGUGCCAUCCUUCCGAGCG